ACCUCCCUCCCUGCCCCCGAAGCGAAGCCUCCAAUUCCUUCCUCCCUCCCUCCUUCCUUCCUUCCCUCCCUGGCUCCCGGGAUGGGUUGAGGGAGGGAGCCACAGGCCCCCGGGAGCCAGCGGACCCAUGAAACUUUCUGUUUUGCUUUGCGAACGUUGGGUGCCCGCCACCCAUCCGAACGCCUACCACCUCGGACCUGUUUUGGGAGUCAGACUUUUUGUUUUUCUUUUUACCCCUCUCUAAAGAGUUGGGCCCGGGUCACAUUCGGCCAGGUUAGUGUCGGUAGGGGAGCCUGCCAAACCACCGACGACGGAUCCCUGCCCACCGGGCUGGAAGACAAACCAUAGUGAGUGAAAACUUAACGUUGCAGAAGUGAAACCAGCAUGUGUGGUAGAAGAAAGAGGAACAAAGGGCACCUGUUGGUAAUGCAAGCACUAUUGUAGAACAAUUAAACAUUGGAGAAUACUGGAAAAUUGCUUUCUAUGCAACAAAAUGACUUUUUAUUUUUAAACCUGUAUUUUGCUUCAUUGGUUUCCUCACAUGCUACUUAAGGCCUGAAGAGCAAAGAUUCAGUGUUUUGUAAUGACAAUAUGACUAAUAGUAGAGGAAGAUCUAUCACGAACAAAACAAAUGGUAUUUUAAGAGGUGGAGAAAGCUUUGUAAAUUGGACUAUUGCUGUAAGUACAAUUCAGUCUGACAAGUUCUUAAACCUGUUAUUGAGUAUGGUUCCAGUCAUUUACCAGAAAAAUCAGGAUGACAAACAUAAGAAACCAAAUAGUAUUUGGCAAGAUGAAUUACCAUCUGCAGCACAAAGUUUUAACCAUAGAACAGAUCAACACAUGGACUUCCCUCACUUCUCAGAACCAUCUUUUCAUGGUAAUAAUGGACACAGUCCAUCAAACUGCAGUCCAAAGUAUGAUGACUACGCUAACUAUAAUUAUUGCGAUGAGAGAGAGACUUCAGAAACUGCUGCCAUGUUAAAAGAUGAAGACACAUCUAGUGAAGGUGAUGAAGAUGUCAUCCUGGAAGGAAACCGAAAAUUACCGAAGGAAUCUAGUGGAACUAUGGCUCUGCAAAUACUUGUACCGUUUCUGCUGGCAGGUUUUGGAACGGUUUCAGCCGGCAUGGUUUUGGACAUUGUGCAGCAUUGGGAAGUAUUCAAAAAUGUGACUGAAGUUUUCAUUUUAGUUCCUGCACUCCUGGGCCUCAAAGGGAAUUUGGAAAUGACCUUGGCGUCCCGACUAUCCACUGCAGUAAAUGUUGGGAAGAUGGAUUCCCCCAUUGAAAAAUGGAACUUAAUCAUUGGCAACUUGGCCUUAAAGCAGGUUCAGGCAACUGUAGUUGGUUUUCUAGCAGCCGUGGCAGCAGUCAUACUGGGCUGGAUUCCAGAGGGAAAAUAUCGGCUUGAUCACUCAAUACUUUUGUGUUCUAGCAGUGUAGCGACUGCCUUCAUUGCAUCCCUUUUACAGGGAAUAAUUAUGGUUGGUGUCAUAGUUGGUUCAAAGAAGACGGGGAUAAAUCCUGACAAUGUUGCCACACCUAUUGCGGCUAGUUUUGGUGACCUUAUCACUCUUGCCAUAUUGGCUUGGAUAAGUCAGGGUCUUUAUGAUUGCAUUGAGAAAUAUCACUAUAUAUCUCCUUUAGUUGGUGCCUUUUUCUUGGCUUUAACUCCUAUAUGGAUAGUAAUAGCUGCCAAGCAUCCAGCUACAAGGAUUGUACUCCAUUCAGGAUGGGAGCCUGUCAUAACGGCUAUGGUUAUAAGCAGCAUUGGCGGCCUUAUUCUGGAUACAACUGUAUCUGACCCUAAUUUGGUGGGUAUUGUUGUCUACACUCCAGUUAUUAAUGGAAUUGGUGGUAAUUUAGUGGCCAUUCAAGCUAGUCGAAUUUCUACCUACCUGCAUUUGCAAAGCAUUCCAGGAGAGUUGCCUGAUGAGAUGAAGGGUUGUUACUACCCAUGCAGAACUUUUUUUGGUCCAGGAGUAAAUAAUAAAUCUGCCCAGGUCCUUCUGCUGUUGGUAAUUCCGGGACAUUUAAUUUUCCUCUACACCAUCCAUUUAAUGAAAAGUGGUCACACUUCUCUGACUCCAAUCUUCAUAGUAGUAUUCUUAUUUGCUGCUGUGUUACAGGUGUUUACCUUGUUGUGGAUUGCUGACUGGAUGGUUCAUCAUUUUUGGCGAAAAGGAAAAGAUCCGGACAGUUUUUCUAUCCCUUAUCUAACUGCUUUGGGGGAUCUACUUGGUACUGCCUUGUUAGCCAUUAGUUUUCAUUUUCUGUGGCUUAUUGGUGAUCGAGAUGGAGAUGUUGGAGAUUAAUCCUAUCUAUGGAUUGUAACUUUUUCAGAAGAUCAAGGGAAAAAUAAAAGGCAACUGCUUACAGUUCCAUCUUGAAGAUCUUGAAAAAUGGUUUGAUUCUGUCAGGAUAUUUUUAACUGGCAUUGGUGUGAUUAAAUGGCCUUAAACAUUUCUUAAACUGGAUUUAUCUGGAAAAUUUGAACAAAAGAUAUCUACACUGAAUGUGAAAGAGUUGGGGAUUCAUUCUUGACUAGUUUUUUGAAUAGAAGAAAAAAGAUUGAAAAUGUAUAUAAUUUUUUGCAAUGUGGUACAAACCAGAACUGCACUUUAUGGAUCCUUAAUUGGGAAUGGAAACCGGAGGAGAACAAAUCAGUGCUUUACUCUUUCAUUUCCCCCAAAUUGGAUAUACAUUCCAAAUUCAUGACUGCUGAGGGCACAUUUUCUGGGCUGUUUUUUCUUAGCACUCAAAAAAAAAUGAACCAGGUCUGAAAAUUAAUAAUGUACAACCCAAUUUUAGUCUGGUGUCAAUUAGGCUCAACAUAUGGCUCUAUUAGAUUGUUUAUUAUAAUCACCUCUGAUGUAUUUCUAACUGUGCUUACUGUUGACAAAAUCUAAAGGUUGUUAACCUUUCAAAUCUAAGAUGAUUUAGUGAGGUUAUUGACAGAAAAUGAUUAGGUUCUUACAGGGCAUUGAUUUUGGCUUGUUUUAAAAGUAGAGGUGAAAUCAAAUGCAUGAUGAACUGAAAAGAAUUUGUGAGGCCAAGAUUGUGUAAGAAUCUUUUUUUCUAGGAAAAAAAUAAUUUGGAAAUUAAAGGUAAGUUUCUAGGAGUAAUGUUUACAGUGCUAUUAUAAUAUUGGGAGUAUAAUGCUAUUUAUGAAUCACUAAAGUUAAUAAGAUUAAUUCUCCAGUA